AUGAUAAAAACAAAAACUCUUCUCUUAGUUUUGGUAUCCACUCUUGCUCUAAGUUUGAAUACCAAAGGACAUCAUAGCUCAAGUGGAUCUCAUUCAACAGUCAAGAGCAAGAUUUCUAAAUAAAGUUCAUAUAACUCACCAGCUGCUCGUCAAAGAGAAAACUAACUUGUUAAUGGUUGGGACUAGCUUAAAAAGCCAAGCAAAAUCUAAUAUUCUUAUGGAGAUAAUAAAUAACAUUAUAAAAAUCAAAAUGGAGUAGAAACCUUUACAGCAUAUAGAGAUGGGAAUGCUUUUAAACCACAUUCUGAUACAUUCCCCAGAUCAGAACAUAGAAUCUAAAAUGAUUAUAGAUCAGGAGACUAGCCUUAGUAAUUCUCUGCAGAUUUCAAAGUACCCAAGGGAACAAAUUCUGCAACCAUUAUGCAAAUUUUCGGAGGAAACAAAUCAUAACGCUAGUAAAAGUAAAAGCCUAAUGCAUCAUCAUUUAUGUUCCAGGUGCAUAAUAAUGAUUUGACCUACUAUAAACAUUAGAUAUUGGCUAAGGAUAUUACUGGCAAAUGGGAACAUAUGAAUGUAAUUCAUGAUCCUACCACUCAUCAGAUUCAUGCUUAUUUAAACGGAGAUUAAGUCUGGCAAGGUCGGGAUAAGGGUAAUGAUGUCCAUUACUUCAAAUAUGGAGUUUAUGGACAAGGGAAGAAUAAGUCAGAUAUGUCUCCAUAAAUGCAAUCCUUGUUUAAGAACGUAAAAUACUACGAAAAGCCAAAGAUAGAAUGA